AGACAAUUUUGCCAUGGCUGACAGAAAGGAUUGGUAUUCCUGGAGAUCAGCAUCCUGAGACUCUGAAGCAGCACCACAUUUUGUUUCCUUUGGGUCAGGUUGCCCAGUAGGAAGCCAUGCUUGGAUAUUAAUAGCCAUGUUUCAACUAGCCAUGGAUUUCUCCACCUGUGAAUCUGUAGCCCAAGGCCAAGGGUUUAGGCUCUGGCAGAGGCCAUCUCACCGGCACAGAUUGUCCCACAGUCCUUUGUGGAGUUUUAAAAAUGGACAGCAGCUGCGGAUUCUCAGUCCUUUCUGGAACCAUGCUUCUUUUCAUCCUGAAUGGUCUGAUCAGCAACUACAAACAUAUCAUUCCAGAAGGCCACACAAAACCACAGACCAGUUUUCAGGCCUUCUUUCUAAAAGCCUGCAGUCUCAGCGCUCUACUGCAGCAAAAUCAGCCCCUUCCAUUGCAGAUGGGAACAAGAGGAGUACAGAGCUGCAGACUCAUUUGAAAAGGGGCAAAAGGCACCUCCGAGAAAGCAGUUUUGAUCACAGAGACAGCAGGCCCACCACGCUGCCUGAAGUAAUUAUAUGGGGUCCAACAGGAGAUGAGGACUCCGUAGAAACCAGUACGUUCCCUGGGAAUUAUGGCACCACCACCACCACCACCACCGCCACUUUACAAACAAGAACAACUACUGUGGCAACCACCACUACUACUACCACUUCCACGACUGUACAGUCUAAAGGGUUCACAGCAUCACCCAGGCCAGGGAGUAAAACACACAAGAACAACCCUGGUAGGAUUAGCACAACGGAGCCUCAUUCCAUCCGCAAUAGUGAUGAGAGGGAUGCUACAGCACCAAAAGACAAUUCAGGUCUGGCAGUCCAUCAGAUUAUCACCAUCACAGUGUCUCUCAUCAUGGUCAUAGCUGCUCUGAUAACAACUCUUGUGUUAAAAAAUUGUUGUGCACAAAGUGGUAACCCCAGGAGAAACAGCCACCAGCGCAAAAUCAAUCAGCAGGAGGAGAGCUGCCAGAAUCUGACGGACUUCACCCCAGCUCGUGUGCCCAGCAACCUGGACAUAUUUACAGCUUAUAACGAAACACUGCAGUGCUCCCAUGAGUGUGUCAGGACAGCUGUGCCUGUGUACACAGAGGAGGCAUUGCACUCACCAGGGGAUUAUAAAACAACGUUCAAUGGAAACAGCACGCGCAAGCCCAUUUUUCUGCUCGCUGCAGACCCUCUUCUUCUGAUCGGCAUCUUAUUCCAGUGGCCUUUGUGUCUGAGAAAUGGUUUGAAAUCUCCUGCUGACUGGCCGAAGUCUGUUUUACUUCCUGGGGGCAGGGCAGACGCCAUGUGGCUAUUUCCUGGAUUCCGUUGGUGAACCUGUAAAAAACAAAACGGACAAAAAUAUUAAUGGGUUACCUGUACCUACCCAGUUCUGUUUACCGGUAGGAGACUAAAAGAGCAGCACUCUAUGGGCCAAAUAUAUUUUUAUAAAAAUGAACAUGCCUAUAGGUAACUGCAUUUUCAAAGAGUGCAUUUUUUUGAAGAAGAGAAAAAAAUGUGCAAGCAAAGAAUCUCUGUGAAGAAGGAUGAAGUCGAGAAGAAAUGAGGCAAAGGACCGAACAUCUGAAGUUUGGGAUAUGGACUGUGAUUCUGAACCUGUGCCAAUAAUACCAUUAUGUGCCAUGUACUGAUGUGAAAGACUUCGCAGCAAGCCGAAGCUAAGUGAAUUACACAUAGACAUAUUACAGAAAAUAGGGGUGGGGUAUCUCUUCUGAUAGAGUCAAUAUUUCUGGUCAAUAUACAUAUAUACAUAUAUAUAAAUAUAUAUAUAUACAACACACACACACUUUUUUGUACUGUAGCAAUUUUUGAAGAUCUUAAAUGUUCAUUUUUAAAAAAGAAUUGUGUCAUGGGCUACAAAUCUGGUUUCCUUAACAUGCUUAGUAUGAACUAAAUAAACUGAUGUUUUCUACU